CCGCCGCCGCCGCCGCCUCUCUCCCAUGGACACGGCGAGAGCUGUGAAGGAUCAUCGCAGAGAAUCCCUUUGAGCCCCCAUCUCCAAAGAUGGCUGACUCGGCUGGCAUUGUGGGCGAGCGUCUCAGCAGGGGCAAUCUGCCUGGUUGGAUGGGCACGAGAGAGCUUUGAAAGAGCACAGACCCACCUUGGAUAUGAGUGACUCUGACGCAGACGUGCCGCCGCCAGGGGAGGAAGAGGAGGAGGAGGAGGCGCUGGCUGCAGCCGUGCUGCCAACCCCGGGAAAUGGCGGGGUGGCGGCCCUGGGGGUCAUCACAGAAGGCGUGGGCGAGCUGGCGGUCAUUGACCCCGAGGUGGCCAAGAAGGCCUGCGAGGAGGUGUUGGAGAAGGUCAAGCUGAUGCACUGCAUCUCUCCCGACGGUUCCAUCCAGCUGAAGGAUGGCAGCGCAGGCGCAGCUCGCCGGCCUGGCCUGGCCCUGCUGAACGGCAGCCCCGGCGAGUGCUGCGAGAUCAAGUGCCUGGACGACCCUCCGGACAAGAUCCAGGAGGAGGAGCAGCAGCAUGCGCCCAACUCAGUGAAGAGUGCCCGGCGGCGCCAGAAGAACAACUCGGCCAAGCAGUCGUGGCUGCUGCGCCUGUUCGAGUCGAAGCUCUUCGACAUCUCCAUGGCGAUCUCGUACCUGUACAACUCGAAGGAGCCCGGCGUGCAGGCCUACAUCGGGAACCGGCUCUUCUGCUUCCGCAACGAGGACGUGGACUUCUACCUGCCGCAGCUGCUGAACAUGUACAUCCACAUGGACGAGGACGUGGGCGAUGCCAUCAAGCCCUACAUCGUCCACCGCUGCCGGCAGAGCAUCAACUUCUCCCUCCAGUGCGCCCUCCUGCUGGGCGCCUACUCCUCGGACAUGCACAUCUCCACCCAGCGCCACUCCCGCGGGACCAAGCUGCGGAAGCUCAUCCUCUCCGACGAGCUCAAGCCGGCCCACCGGAAGAGGGAGCUGCCGGCCCUGGGCCCAGCCCCCGAGGCGGGGCUCUCCCCCUCCAAAAGGACUCACCAGAGGUCCAAGUCGGACGCCACCGUCGGCAUCCACCUCAGCAGCAACCUGAAGAGGACUGCCAGCAACCCCAAAGUGGAGAACGACGACGAGGAGUUAUCAUCGAGUACGGAGAGCCUUGAUAGAUCAUUUUGCUCCCCCGUCCGCCUGGCCCCGGAGCGAGAGUUCAUCAAGUCUCUGAUGGCCAUCGGAAAGCGGCUGACAACGCUGCCGACCAAGGAGCAGAAGACGCAGCGCCUCAUCUCUGAGCUCUCCCUGCUCAACCACAAGCUGCCGGCCCGCGUCUGGCUCCCCACCGCUGGGUUUGACCACCACGUGGUGCGGGUCCCACACACCCAGGCCGUCGUGCUGAACUCCAAGGACAAGGCUCCUUACCUAAUCUACGUGGAAGUACUUGAAUGUGAAAACUUUGACACCACUAAUGUCCCGGCCCGGAUCCCAGAGAACCGCAUCCGUAGCACGCGGUCCGUGGAGAACCUCCCAGAGUGCGGGAUCACGCACGAGCAGCGGGCCAGCAGCUUCACCACUGUCCCCAACUACGACAACGAUGAUGAGGCUUGGUCUGUGGACGACAUCGGGGAGCUGCAGGUGGAGCUCCCAGAGAUUCACACCAACAGCUGUGACAACAUCUCUCAGUUCUCUGUGGACAGCAUCACCAGCCAGGAGAGCAAAGAGCCCGUCUUCAUAGCUGCUGGAGAUAUCAGGAGACGCCUCUCGGAACAGCUUGCCCACACUCCAACGUCCUUCAAGAGGGACCCCGAGGACCCUUCUGCCGUCGCCCUGAAGGAGCCAUGGCAGGAGAAAGUCAGGCGGAUCCGGGAGGGCUCUCCGUACGGCCACCUCCCAAACUGGCGCCUCCUCUCCGUGAUCGUGAAAUGUGGCGAUGAUCUUCGGCAAGAGCUGCUGGCCUUCCAGGUGCUCAAACAGCUUCAGUCCAUCUGGGAGCAGGAGCGCGUCCCCUUGUGGAUCAAGCCAUACAAAAUCCUCGUCAUCUCUGCCGACAGCGGCAUGAUCGAGCCGGUGGUCAACGCCGUCUCCAUCCACCAGGUCAAGAAGCAGUCGCAGCUCUCCCUGCUGGACUACUUCCUGCAGGAGCAUGGGAACUACACCACCGAGGCCUUCCUGACCGCCCAGCGCAACUUUGUGCAGAGCUGCGCCGGCUACUGCCUGGUCUGCUACCUGCUGCAAGUCAAAGACAGGCACAAUGGCAAUAUCUUGCUGGAUGCAGACGGACACAUAAUCCACAUAGAUUUCGGGUUCAUCCUCUCCAGCUCACCCCGGAAUCUCGGCUUUGAGACAUCGGCCUUCAAACUCACGUCUGAGUUCGUUGAUGUCAUGGGAGGCUUGGAUGGCGACAUGUUCAACUAUUACAAGAUGCUGAUGCUGCAGGGCCUCAUCGCCGCUCGGAAGCACAUGGAUAAAGUCGUCCAGAUUGUGGAGAUCAUGCAACAAGGCUCCCAGCUGCCCUGUUUCCACGGCUCCAGCACCAUCCGAAACCUGAAGGAGCGAUUCCACAUGAACAUGACGGAGGAGCAGCUCCAGCUCCUGAUCGAGCAGAUGGUCGACGGCAGCAUGCGAUCCAUCACCACCAAGCUCUACGACGGCUUCCAGUACCUCACCAACGGCAUCAUGUGACCGCCUGCCACGCUCCCCAGACAUGCCUGCGAAACCGCCCCCCCCCCACCACAGCCAGAGACCCUCAAAAAGUCCUUGUCGGAGGGAGCUGGAUGGCGGAAGUAGGGAAGGAGCCGAGGAGCUGCCCUCCUCCCGAGGCGCCUCUUGAACGCAGCACCCCUUUUUACUGGAUUCUUUUAGACGCUGUUG